AGACAGGGCCCCUGGUUGUCACUGGGCGGCUACUCACCAACUCCGUCUUGGGCGCGAGACUUGUCCACCCUUACAUAUGUCCCGAUCGACGGCUGAUAGACUCGGAAGUUGAUACAUACUUCGCAAGAACAACCCAGAGGUGCAUCUGACUUCUGCAUGACAUACACUUUGAAAGGCAAAAAGGAGUUCGCCGGGAAUGCACACGGGGUAUCGGGUGCUCGACGUAUCCACUCGUGUUGCUGUCCUCCGCCGUGUUAGAAAUCUAGUUAUUAUCGGGCUUCAGAUGGGGACAUCGCCGACUCGGAUGACUGGAGCCAGGUGGUGGCGGUGGUGCUGGCUGAGAGCAAGGUCAUGCCCAGUGUCAAUUCAACUCGACUACGUUUGGUUGGCAAGCUGUCAUGCCGUCUGGGUUUGUCUGUCUGGAUUUACUUCCUACUCUGCGGUUCACGCGACGUCGCUCGCUCGGAAGGCUUUUCUUACGACAACCGACCUAUCUCGUUAUCAUGCCCCCCAUACUACGGGAGAACUGGUGCAACAGAUGCUCAGAGGGUUGAGGGCGCAUAUUUUGGUGUCGCAGUCGCUGCGAAUGGGGUGAUGGCUCAGAUGUUCUCCAGUCUAUCGUCUGGGAUGAAGUGGACGUCUGAUGUGGGCGUAGAUGAAGACGAGAAGUGGGAAGAUUUUUCCCUUGUGCGGGAAGUGUUGGGCUGUUGAUAGGUGUGUGGUUUAGAGGUCGAUGGGG